AAAAGCCAAAAACUUUCUUCCAUUUCCUCGUGCCUAAAACGAGAAUCUUCUCCUGUCUCUCAACACUAAUCUCUUUUUUUGUUCCGAUCAAAAGAUUCAAACUUGCGCGCGCUUUCCUUAACUUUGUAGGAAAUGUAUCAGUGGAACUUACCGUACCGGAAAGAUGACGUGGAAGCAGGCGGUGGCUCAAGGUCAAGACCUUUAUACCCAACGAUGCAUGAAACUCCCGAGCUCAGGUGGGGAUUCAUACGCAAGGUUUACUCUAUAAUCGCCUUUCAGCUUCUAGCCACCGUCGCAGUCUCUGCCACUGUGGUCACCGUCCGCCCAAUCGCUCUGUUUUUCGCCACCACCGGAGCUGGAUUAGGUCUCUACAUAGUCAUCAUCAUCACCCCCUUCAUAGUGUUGUGUCCGUUGUACUAUUACCAUCAGAAACAUCCGGUGAACUAUUUACUCUUGGGGGUGUUCACUUUGGCUUUGGCUUUUGUCGUUGGAUUGACAUGUGCCUUCACCAAUGGGAAAGUGAUUCUUGAGUCAGCGAUCUUGACAACGGCUGUUGUGCUUUCCCUCACCGUGUACACCUUCUGGGGUGCUAAGAGAGGGCAUGACUUCAAUUUCCUCGGACCAUUCUUGUUUGGUGCUCUCAUCGUGCUCAUUGUCUUUGCCAUGAUACAAGUUUUUUUCCCAUUAGGAAGGACAUCGGUGAUGAUCUAUGGUUUCUUGGCAUCGAUUAUAUUCUGCGGGUACAUCGUCUAUGAUACAGACAAUCUGAUCAAAAGAUACACAUACGAUGAGUAUAUCUGGGCGGCAAUUUCGCUCUACCUGGACAUCAUCAAUCUCUUCUUGUCUCUUCUCACUAUAUUUAGAGCAUUACAGAGAUAGAUGAUUUGGGAUAAGGAGGGAGUUAAAGGUUUCUUGAUCUGUAGAAAAUGUUGUAAUAAGAUGUGUGUUUUGUAUUAGAUAUUCUGGUUACGGUUCACAUGUUCAUGCGAUUGUAGAGGAAACAGAGCAGUGGAUCAAUAAAUGAUUAUAAAGGAA